CUCCGUACAGUACAUACCUCAGAUGGCUGCUGCUGCUCCUGCUCCUCCUCCUACUGCUGUCGCCGCCACCAAACACGCUGAACGGUUUCCUUCUGUCAAAGAUCCCGUCCCCUCAGCUUCUUCGUCGCCGUCUGUAUUGUCGUCCUCGUCAGCCUCGACUAGACACACCGCACUUGGACAGACGUUCCACUCUGCUGCAGGCUCCGACAAUAAUCCUAAUCAUAUCAACAAUCGAAGCCAGGUCCCGAGCCCGAACCCCUCCUUGUCAUCUUCCUCCUUGGCCAGGAAUUACAGCGUCCGCCCCGCGCCGACUCAACAACAAGCACCUGCCGCCGAUCCAUUUUCCCACGAGGGUCGUGCCGCCUCCACCACGGCCAAUUACCGCCAGAUAGGACACCAGAGCUCGAUUUCGACAAGCAAGACACGCUCUGGAGGUUUUUUUGCUGCUGCCUUGGACAGGACGCAGUCUGCCCUUUCGUCUCUCCACUUGUCGAGUCCGUCGAUUCGUCAGCGCUCAUCCACAUCCACUCUGGGCCGUGUCCCGUCCGCGACCGAGUCCGCCUUCAGUGUAGUGUCCGAUCUCGAGAGGGAGGCGCGUUACCGGGCUUCGAACAACGCCUCGCCCGUCUCCACCGCCCCCAGCAUCUUCACCGUGGACGCGAACGACUCUGCGCUGGCUCAAGAUCUGCCUUCCCAGCCUUACUCCGAGACCGAUCCCAACAGGCCUCCUCCUAUUCGCCUGCCACGGUUCGAGAGCAAGAUGCAUCAAACAUCCUCGCGAUUGCUCCGCAUGACGGAUGAUGAUCGGCCGUUCAAUAAGGAUUUCAAGGAUCUUUUUGCGACACUCAUCGUUAGUCUCUUGCCGCUGGGCGCACACCGCGUAAGGCUCAGCAGGGUCGAGAAUACAUUCCUCUCGGAAGACGCGAUCAACAACCUGGGGUCCCUCAAGUUCUCACAGUCGAAUCGCAUGCCCGAUCCGAAGGAUCCCUCGCGCAUCGUCACCACAACUACAACCACUACCUUCUCCAUGGCUAAAGACAUGGCGCGGUCCAUCUGCCAGAGGUUUCUCGAAGCGAGGUAUAUCGAGUCGGCCGAUGGCCGCUACCAACAGGUGUACAAUAUGAAGGGCUCGGUGUGGCAACUGACGCCCAAGGGAAUCACGAUCCUCGACCGCUUCUGUGCCCGCAAUGGCAUCCAGCAGAAACAAAUAGCGGAUAUCACCGGUUCCGGCGCGGCGCUCUCGCAGUUGGUCAUCUUGGAACGAGACCCCGUCACGGACAAGCUCGUGACCGACCGUGGCACGAUCGAGGUGGUCUUCCGCCGUUUCAUUGGCACGCACGGUCCCAAUGUCAAGUCCAGCGUCGCCUCUGCCGACUCGGAUUCGUUCAGUGAUUACCGGGACGGCUUGACCGGUGUCAAGAUGGCCAGCGAACGGAAGGUGAACAACAAGACCUUCCGGGACACUUUCACCGGCAAGGCAGCCAGCGAUUGGCUCAUGGAUUGCUGUACCACAGUGGAUCGUCGGGAAACGGUGGAGAUAGCAUCUCUUUUCGUGCAGUACGACCUGAUAGAGCCCGUGGCCCAAGAUCGGGCUUACAUGUCCCAAUACCCCGGCCACAACCUUUUCCAACCCACAAAACACGCCAUCUACCAGCUGACGUCCAAGGGCAAGGACCUGAUCAACGGCGUGAGCUCGCGCGGCCGGGCCUCGGAGAGUGACGCCAACUCGAGCCGCAACGUUGUGGGCCGCGACUCCAACACGCAGAGGCUAGACAAGAUCCUCAACGACGCCGCCCUCCGCUUGCUUUUCAGGGAGAAUCUCCGUGAGACGCAUUGCGAGGAGAACUUGUCGUUCUACCUGGACGUUGAUGAGUUUGUGAGGAGCUGUAAGCAAGCGAUCCGCGCGGCCCAGAAGAGUCCGAAUUCCACCUCGCUCGAUGGGGUCAAGGAGAUCAUGGCCCAGGCGUACAGCAUCUAUAACGCAUUUCUGGCGCCCGGCUCGCCUUGCGAGCUGAAUAUCGAUCACCAGCUCCGGAACAACCUGGCCACCCGGAUGACCAAGGCGGUUGGCCAAGAUGUCGCCAUGAUCGACACGCUCCAGGAGGUGACGUCCCUCUUUGAAGAUGCGCAAAACGCCGUCUUUAAGCUGAUGGCCAGCGAUUCCGUGCCAAAGUUCCUUCGCAGCCCCAAGUAUGAGCACACAUUGAGGCACUACGACUUCGAUUCCAUCACGUGUAGCGGCAGUCGGUCAGGAUUGGAGCGGAGCCAAAGUCGAUCCAACCGGCAAUAACAUACCGAGGCGAAUAAUACAAACUCGACGGUGUUGGGCUACCAGUCGGAACAGUGGCCAUCUCCCGUCGUGGGGCGUCACAUUGUCAGUGGCAGUUACCGAACCGUUCCGUGUCCUUUUCGCAUAGGGUCAUUGCAUGUGAUUUCUUCGUUAGUACUCGGCAACCGUGGUCCUCUUAUUCUUCGACUCGGCAUCCUCCCCAGGGAAACGGGACCUUUUUCUUUUCUUUUUGUUUCCUUCCAGUAUUGGUGG